AUGCGUAUCACACAGCUCGUUUGCGUCGUCUCAUGGGUCGGAGCCUUCUCAGCUCUCGCUAUCCCUCACACGACCUCCACCCACACAAUCCACGAGACCCGCCCACACUCGGCUCUACCCCGCGAAUGGACUAAACGCAAACUCCCCUCUUCCUCUGUCCUGCCUCUUCGUAUCGGCCUCAAACAACAAAACACCUACAAGCUCGAAGAACUCCUACUCUCCGUUUCGCACCCGUCUUCGCCCGAGUACGGUAAACAUUGGACCCCGAAACAGGUCGUUGAUUAUUUUAGGCCGAGUGAAGAGACGGUGCAAAGUGUAGUUGGGUGGUUAGAGGAUGAGGGGAUCGAGAGACAGAGGGUGAAGGUUAGCGGGAAUGGGGGAUGGGUUGAGGUCAAGGCGAGUGUGGAGGAAGUGGAGAGUUUGUUGAAGACGGAGUAUCAUGCGUAUGAGCACCCGUCGGGGGCUAAGCAGAUUGGUUGUGAGUCGUACUCCCUCCCUGAACAUAUCCGCGAGCACGUCGAUCUCGUCAAACCUACUGUGCACUUCAACCACCGCCUUAGUGGCGAUCCUGUCAAACGUAGCCAGAAAUUCAAGCGAACCGAUACGAAGUUGGGCAUGCCAUCCUCUAACAAUGGACCGAAAACAAAUGGGAAGAAGGUCACCCUCCCACCGACAUUGGCCAACUGCGACGAGUUUAUCACGCUCGACUGCUUGAGGGCGUUAUAUUCUAUCGACUAUACCCCUGUGGCGUCAGACAAGAACUCCUAUGGCAUCGUUGAGUUCACCCCUCAAGCGUUUUUACCUGGUGAUCUCGACCUAUUCUUCGCCAACUUCUCGCCCUCGCAAGUCGGCCAACGUCCCAACUUCAUCUCCAUAGACGGAGGUGUGGCCCAAACCCAAAAUCAAUCUUUCGACUUCAACGGCGAAUCCGAUCUUGACCUCGAAUACGCGAUGGGGCUCACCAACCCUCUUAAUAUCACCCUCUUGCAGACGGGAGACCUCGUCGAAGGCGCAGGGUUUGAUAACUGGUUGGAUGCUGUUGAUGCGAGCUUUUGUACGUUUGAUGGUGGUGACGUGCCCGGUCAGGAUGGGAUUUAUCCAGAUGACGAACCUGGGGGGUUCAAUCAGAGCGAGUCGUGCGGAAUCAUCGCACCGCCGAACGUUGUUUCGACCUCGUACGGGCAGGAUGAGGUGACGGCUACCGUGGCGUAUGCUACACGCCAGUGUACCGAAUAUGGAAAACUAGGCAUGAUGGGCACCACCGUUUUGUACAGCACUGGCGAUUCCGGAGUAGCUGGGAACGGUGGUUGUAUCACUCCGAAUGGGACGGCUGAGUCUACAGAUCCCGAUGCGAUCAUGUUCAAUCCUGACUUCCCUGCCGGAUGUCCGUUCAUCACGGCCGUCGGAGCUACUCAAGUGAGCCCGAACAUGACCGUGUUCGAUCCCGAGAGUGCUUGUGAGCAAGUGAUCUUUAGUGGCGGGGGCUUUUCCAACAUCUUCAACAUGCCUUCCUACCAGGCCGACGCCGUCACCAGCUUCUUGACGAACCAUCCGCCUCCGUAUAGUGCGAAGCAGUUCAACAACUCUGGGACUAGUCGCGCGUUCCCAGAUUUGUCUGCGAAUGGGUAUUUGGUCUUCGGGACAUCUGCUUCCUCUCCAGUUGUUGGCUCUAUCAUCGCACUCAUCAACGACGCGAGGAUCGCUGCUGGGAAAGGACCUGUCGGAUUUAUCAACCCUGCGAUCUAUUCAACUGACUUCGCGGGUGCGUUCCACGAUAUCACGAACGGCACGAACCAAGGCUGUGGCACUGUCGGCUUCACUGCCGUAAAGGGCUGGGAUCCUGUUACCGGAGUGGGCACACCAAACAUGACGGCGCUCAUGCCUCUGUUCCUUGCGUUGCCCUGA